AUGCUCUUCCUCCGGAGCGCCCGCUCGCUCCUGAAGGGCCCCGCGGUCUCCGUCGCCCGGCCGCGCGCCGCGCCCGCCGCCCGCCGAACGUCGGCGCUCUUCCACGCGGGCCACGACCACGCGGACUUCGACCCGACGAAGGCGACGCUGCCGACGAACGCGGAGGAGGAGCUCGUGAAGAUCCGCCACUCGACGAGCCACAUCAUGGCGCUCGCCGUGAAGCGCGUCUUCAAGGACGACGUGCAGGUGACGAUCGGCCCGUGGAUCGAGAACGGGUUCUACUACGACUUCUACCGGGAGGAGCAGAUCAGCGACAAGGACCUGAAGCGCAUCAAGAAGGAGAUGGACAAGAUCAUCAAGGCCGACCUGCCCAUCAUCCGCGAGGUCGUGCCGCGCGAGGAGGCGAGGGCGCGGCUCCUCGCCGAGGGCGAGACGUUCAAGGUCGAGGUGCUCGACGGCAUCACCGACGACACGAUCUCCUUCUACCGCAUCGGCGACGAGUGGUGGGACCUCUGCGCGGGCCCCCACGUGCCGUCGACGGGCGCGAUCAAGCCCAAGGCCGUCGCCCUGCAGUCGGUCGCGGGCGCGUACUGGCGCGGCGACGAGAAGCGCGAGAUGCUCCAGCGCAUCUACGGCACGGCCUGGCAGGAGAACUGGCAGCUCGCGGAGCACAAGCGGCGCCUCGAGGAGGCGAAGAAGCGCGACCACCGCGUCCUGGGCAAGAAGCUGGACCUCUUCUCGAUCCAGGAGGCGGCCGGCGGCGGGCUGUGCUUCUGGCACCCGCGGGGCGCGCGGAUCCGCAUGCUCAUGGAGGACACGUGGAAGGCGGCCCACGAGCGCGGCGGCUACGAGCUGCUGGUCACGCCCCACAUCGCGAACGUGGACCUCUGGAAGACGAGCGGCCACUUCGACUUCUACGCGGAGGGCAUGUUCGACCAGAUGGACGUCGAGAAGGAGCAGUACCAGUUGAAGCCCAUGAACUGCCCCUUCCACUGCCUCGUCUACAAGGACCAGCUCCGGUCCUACCGCGACCUGCCGUUCCGCUGGGCCGAGCUCGGCACGGUCUACCGCUACGAGCGGAGCGGCACGCUCCAGGGCUUGAUGCGCGUCCGCGGCUUCACGCAGGACGACGCGCACAUCUUCUGCACGCCGGAGCAGCUCGAGGACGAGAUCGUCGCCGUCCUCGAGCUCACGGAGGAGAUCCUCUCCAAGUUCGGCUUCGACGACUACGAGCUGAUGUUGAGCACGCGGCCCGACAAGGCCGUCGGCUCCGACGAGAUCUGGACCAAGGCGACGGCGGCGCUCAAGGGCGCCCUGGACCGCAAGGGCUGGGACCAUGGGGUGGACGAGGGCGGCGGCGCGUUCUACGGUCCCAAGAUCGACCUGAAGAUCAAGGACGCGCUGGGCCGCCAGUGGCAGUGCUCGACGGUGCAGUGCGACUUCAACCUGCCCGAGCGCUUCGAGCUCGAGUACCGCGCGGCGUCGGGCCAGGCCGAGCGGCCCAUCAUGGUCCACCGCGCCAUCUUCGGGAGCCUCGAGCGCUUCUUCGCGAUCCUGCUGGAGUCGUGCGGCGGCGACCUGCCGCUCUGGCUCGCGCCGACGCAGAUGCGCCUCCUGCCGGUCACGGACGACGCGCGCGACUUCUCCAAGGCCGUCGCGGCCAAGGCCGCGCAGCGCGGCAUCCGCUGCGAGAUCGACAGCGGCAAGGACCGCCUCAACAAGCAGAUCCGCAACGCGGAGACGCAGCGCGUGCCCAUCAUGUGCGUCGUCGGCGAGAAGGAGAUGGCCAGCGGCGACCUCGCCGUCCGCGCGCGGACCAUGGGCGACCUCGGCACCAUCGACGUCGACGCGCUCUUCGACGAGCUCAAGGACCUCGACGAGCUCAAGGACCUCGACACGGCCAAGUUCACGCCGCCGCCGCCCAAGCCCGACGCCGCGCCCGCGGCCGCCGAGGCGGCCGUCGCCGCCAAGUAA